AUGAAUUCUGAUCACCAACGACUCUAUAAUAAUUCUUUCUCAUACUCAAACCCUAGAUCUCGCCUCCUUCUAUCCUACAUCUUUAUGGCGACACGGCUCAACAGAAACUCCACCACAUCUAACGGAAGAUUUCCCAUUCUUUCUCGUUCCUAUCUCCCUUUGGCACUUACCGAUUCUUCUCCCUUCCUCGAGACAAAUGUCGGUCACCUAAACUCAAAUCCUCUAAGGAUACCUGCUUUGAUUCAUUCCCAAAAAUCAAAAUAUCUCGUUGUCUAUCCCACAGUUUAUCGAUUCAGAAUUUUGGGAGACAGAAUUGUGCCUCAUUUGUGGUUCGUGGCCUACACUACUGCUUCACCGGCAUGCUCCACUCUUAUAUGCCCUAGCUUGUCCAUCCUCCACCACCUCCUUCAUAUGGUUAUGUUUAUGAAUACUGAAGUUAAUUUCCUUGUUCAGCUCAGACAUCCCAAUUUGGUGAAAUUGAUUGGGUAUUGCUAUGAAGAUAACCACAGAUUGCUUGUUUAUGAGUUCAUGUUUUGA